AUGUCAUUAUCAACUUCUGCCUCAAUAUUCAGAGAUGAUGAUUUCUCAAAUUUAGGUCCUGCUCCCAAACCUCCAAGUGCUUCAGGUUUAGGUUUAAUAUCGAAUCCAACUUCACUUUCAUUAACAGGUAACAGCAGUGCUAAUAAAAUAAUAAGACGUCAAGGUUGGGUACAAGUUAAAGAUGAAGGUUUAAUGUCAUUCAGAUGGCCAAAAAGAUAUCUUGUUUUAAAUGAUUCAAAUUUAAUUUUUUAUAAAAAUGAUUCAAAAGAUGAAAUUUGGUUGAAAAUUUCAUUAACUUCAAUUGUGAAUUUAUCAAGAGUUCAAUUAAGACCUUUUUGCUUUGAAUUAAUUAGAAAUACCGGUGUUAAAAAAUCAUUAUUCAUAUCUUUGAAAACAUUAAAUGAUCUAUUUGGUUGGUUAGAUGCUAUAUUUGCUAAAUGUCCAUUAACUGGAACAGUUUCAAGCCCGACAAAUUUUACUCAUAAAGUUCAUGUUGGAUUUGAUCCAACAAGUGGUAAUUUCACAGGAUUACCAGAAAAUUGGAAAAGAUUAUUAGAACAUUCCAAAAUCACAAAUGAAGAUUGGUCAAAAGAUCCAGUUGCAGUUAUUGAAGUUUUGGAAUUUUAUCAAGGUCAACAAAUCGAUGGUACACAACAAUCUCAACAACAGCAACAAGGCUCAGUUUCACCAUAUUAUACAACAACUAAUACUACACCAACACCAACACCUAAUAAUAAUAGCAACAAUGGUGAUUUGAUACCUAUGAGAAGAGCUCCACCUCCACCAAGACCAGCACAAUCCAAUACAUCUGUACCAACUUUACCACCACCUUCAUCAUCUGAACCUUCUAAAUUUAAUCAAAAUCUUAAAAUCCAAACAAAAUUACCAAAUAAUGCACCUGCUGCAAUUCCAAAUCCAUAUUUAGAUGACGAAUCUCCUUCAAAUUCACCAACAUCAAUCACAACACCUACAAGCUUGAAUAAUAACAAUGGUAUCCCACCAAGACGUGAUUUGCAACCAACAAGACAAGCUCCAAGACCACCACCUCAACAACAACAACAACAACAACAACAACAACAACAACAACAACAACAACUUCGUGUUCAAAGACCUGCUCCACCUCCACCUCAUCAACAAAAGCAAUUCAAUCAACAACAACCACAACAAUAUAGACCAUCACCACCUAACCACCAACCUUAUAACAAACCUAUUCAACCAUUACAGCCUCAACACCACCAUCAUCACCAUCCACAACAUCCACAACAUCAUCAAAGGCAACCACAUCAACAGCCUCAAACCAAAUCACCAGCAGCUCAGGCUGCCCAGGCUGCUGCACAAGCUGCAAUUCAAACAACACCAACUAAACUAUCACCACCAAAAACAGUCAAACAACGUAAUGAAGAGAAAAGGAUAAGUGCAAUGACUGAACAACAAGUUAUGAAGAAUUUGAAAAGUGUUGUUAGAAAUGUUGACCCGGUGCCAUUGUUCCAAAUGAUUGAAAAAGCAGGACAAGGUGCCUCAGGUACGGUGUAUUUAGCAAGGUCAUUAAUGAGAAAUAAUUCAAAAGUUGCCAUUAAGCAAAUGGAUCUAAAUGCUCAACCAAGAAAGGAAUUGAUCGUUAAUGAAAUCUUGGUGAUGAAAGAUAGUCAACAUAAAAAUAUUGUUAAUUUUUUGGAAGCUUUUUUGAAAAAUCAAGAAUUAUGGGUCGUUAUGGAAUUUAUGGAAGGUGGUUCAUUAACAGAUGUUAUUGAAAAUAAUGAUAAUAGUUUAGAAGAGGAUCAAAUUUCAUCAAUUUGUUUUGAAGUUACAAAAGGUUUAAAAUUUCUUCAUAAUAAAAAAAUCAUUCAUAGAGAUAUUAAAUCUGAUAAUGUCCUACUUGAUCUAAAGGGAAAUGUCAAGAUUACUGAUUUUGGAUUCUGUGCUAAAUUAACAGCACAAAAGAACAAAAGAGCCACAAUGGUGGGGACCCCAUAUUGGAUGGCACCUGAAGUUGUCAAGACAAAAGAAUAUGAUGAGAAAGUUGAUGUUUGGUCAUUAGGUAUUAUGACAAUUGAAAUGAUUGAAGGUGAACCACCAUAUUUGAAUGAAGAACCAUUAAAAGCCUUAUUUUUAAUUGCAACUAAUGGGACACCAAAGCUGAAAAAUCCUGAAAAAUUAAGUAUUUCAAUUAAAAAAUUCCUAAGUAUUUGUUUAUGUGUUGAUGUUAAAUAUAGAGCAAGUACUGAUGAAUUAUUACAACAUGAGUUCUUGAAAAUGGGAUGUGAACCUGCCAAAUUGGCUAGACUUUUGGAGUGGAAGACUAGGGCCAAUUCCAGAGGAUCAAACAACAUGAUUGAAUAUGAUGAAUGA